CGCAUGCGUAGAUGCCCGUCGUGAAGUUAAACAAUACGACUGAUAGGAAAGUAACGACAAGGAAAACUUCGUGUAUUUCUGAUGAGUUCGGAUCCCCAUAGGCGUCGACACAUUUUUGAUGUCCAGGCACAAUGUACUCAAGAGCUCAUCUCUUGAUUGAGAAAGAAUUUGACAGUUUGACAUCAAAAGGGCCAUGGGGCAUUGAAGUUUUUCCUCUGAAUGAAGAUAAUGUAUUUGAAUGGGCUGCCAAGAUCAAAGGUUUGAAGGACACCUUAUGGGAAGGAGGAAUUUUUCGUCUCUACAUCAAAUUUGAUGAGAACUACAACAUCCGUCCACCACAAGUGUGUUUUCAUACCAUCCCAUUCCAUCCCAACAUUGACAUGAUCACAGGCAGGCCUUGCAUUGACUUCUUGGAUAACUUUGAGAAGUGGAAGGAAGGAUACAGCAUCACCAUGACUUUGUUGUCCAUACAGUCACUACUGUCCAACCCAAGUUUGACUGGGGCUGUGAAUAUGGAGGCUGUGGAAAUGGUGCAACACUCGCCCCACUCCUACCGACAGAUGGUGCAGGACUGUGUUGCUGCCAGUCAGCAGAUGGAAGCUGGAGUGCUGCCUCAGCCUCAAAGCAAAGUGGACAUUGAUGCCAAAACAAAGAAGGGAGAGCCAUCCACCCGAGUCAGCACAGUGCCAUCCCGCAUCUCAAAACUCUCCUUCGAUGACUACCACACAACAUGGUGUGGUUUGGCUACUUCCAAGGCUAGAGAUCACAGCAAAAAUCCUUUGUUGGAGACAAUCCGGGACAAACCAGUGUUGCAGCAAGUACAUAUGGGACUUCCCCCAGAAGAGAUCCAACUGCAGGUUAAGAAACAGAUGCAGGAACACUCUGCUCUGAUGUAUGGACGUUUUGGGAUGAGACCUACAGCAGAGGAAGAGAAAGCAGCUAAACUCAAUAGACUGGAACGGAUGAAGAAGAUAUAUCUUCCUCCCAGAGUAUCUCCAACUCCUGCACCUGACAUAGUAUUGGACAGUGCCUUGCCUGCUCUCAACCCUAAGGAUGAGCCGUGGGAGAAGGAGGUGGAUGACUUGGUGGCCUGGACAGCCAACCUAGAUGCUGAAGCCAUCGACACAACAUGACAUAAAAUGUCAACAGACCUAAGUCUUUCUGAAACAUUCAAGUGUGUGUACCUAAUGGGCUUCUUCCAAGCAUUAAGUUGAUACAGACUCAGUAACAUUUCCAAAACACAGAUUCCUCUGUGAUAGAUAUUGUGUAUAUUAUGCAUUUUUCUAUUUGUACACCACAGCUAAAACUGUGAUAAAUGUGCACAUCUCUAUCACAAAUCGAUAUGUAUACUGCUAGAAAAACUGUGUUCUUUGACUGUGAAAGAUGAAUUAAUGUUUGGUCAGAUAAAUUCAGUGAGUUUGUGAGUGGGGUUUUAAGUCAUUGUUAUCCCUAUUUUAUCCGUAACACACUGGAUUGCCCAACAACCAGUCCACAAAGGUUGAAUACGAUACGCCAGCCAAUCUCUCCUGCUUCUUUGUUAUGUGAAGAGACUAUACAAUGCAGAAGACUGCUUCAUGAAAUGUAUUGCUCAUUGAUAAUGAAAAGUAAGGAAGUGUACCCUUCUAUACAUUGUUGCUAUGGAACAUUUUUCACAAGUUCUGUUCACAUCCAUAACAAGUUUAAGGAAUAUUGAGAAAAACAUUUCAGUUUGUGUAUAGUAUGUUUAAUACCAUGUGCCUGAUAUCCGAGAGGAUACUAGUAUUUUGUAAAUUUGACAUGAUAAAAUGUGAUGUAUGCCAUUUCAUAAAAUGCAGUGUAUCCAAAGAAUAUAUGGACUCAGAUGGUC